GGCUGGCGGGCCGCAGGGCUGCCGCGGACUACAUUUCCCAGGUGCCUGCGGGGCGAGCGGGGGGGGGGGGCGCGCCCGGCUUCAUUCCCCGUCUCCGCUGGGGGCUGCUGGGAGCUGUAGUCAGGGGGGAAGUGGAAAGAAGAUGGCGUCCAAGAUUCACGUGGUGCUGCGGCCAGUGAAGAGUAUCGUGGUCCGCUUCUGCCCCUUCGAGUCCAACGUGGAGAGCACGAGAAAAUUUCUUGGAUAUAUAAACCAUAAAAAAAUCCAGGCCACUAACAGAAACUGUGAAGUGACUGCUGACGUGAGACAUGAUGGGUCUGAACCACUUGUAGAUGUAAUGUUUGCUGAUGGAGAGCGACUGAUAAUGAAGGGAGCCAACUUGACGACAGUAGAAAUGCUGACAGCGUUGAAGUCCAGAUGUAAUGCAAAAGACCUUAAAGAGGAACAGAAAAGCAAAAAGAGUCCCUGAAGAACAGGGAAAGAACUGUGCUUGCAUUUACAUGUGUUAAAAACAGCAGGCUGCACAUAAGGCUUUUCUCCUGUGCAACAAAAUCUGACAGAGAUGGCCAAAACACUGACCAGUUUAACAUGCAGCAGAAUUAACUAUUUAAAUGUUCUCUAUCCCCACCUGAAGGAAAACAUAGUGGAUCAGCAAAUCUUCUAACACUAGUGGGUCAGAGUGGCUUAAGAUGCAUGAAUGCAUCUUUCUAAGCAGCUGGCUCUGUCGUCUGCAUGUUGGACUAAUACCACAUGUAUUUGCAUAUAAAUGUGAGCAAUAUGCAUUAGCUAUUAAAUUAAUAUUACAGUAAAGACAUCUCUUUGGACGUUAUUUCCUACAAAAUUUCUGUAGAGUGGAAUGCAAAAUAUUAUUAGAAUGGUUACUAUUUUUGAAAAUUAUUAAAUACAAAAGUUUGAAGAAGACUUUGAAAGUACUCAUCAUUGACCUAGCUGAGGGACAGAGCAAGCUGCAAAUACAGAGUAGAUUUUGUAAAACAAUGUUUAUUAUACAUCUGCUGCCAAGUCCCUGCCCUUGUCUGUCUUUCUUUUUCAAGAAAGUGUGAAAUGUGCUAAAUGUAAAUUUAGCUCGGUGAUUAAAGUAACAAGGUAAUGGGACUGUGAACAUAUAGUAGAGCUACUCAUCCUGCAUAAAAGUAGCUAAGUUUAGCUCAAAGGGAAAGGUAAGUUAGUUUUUUUUUGAUAAUUGGAGAAAAGGGCUAUCUUUGAAGUUCUGUUUUGUAAAAAUUUUGUAACUCAAUUUUGGGAGAUUUCAUUAAAUAUUUUAUAAAGAUCAAA